AUGCCCAAGCAUAUCCCACACCAGCACUACAGCGAGAACCCGUACGAGCUCGUCGAUAAAACUAUCAUCCACCCUGAUAUCGAGCACCACGACCAUGAAGGCGAGGUAACGCACUACCUCCUUCCCACGGUCUUCUCCAUCGCGCAAGGUGCCCAGUUCGUCGCCAAGUACCCUGGCCAAGGCGUUUUCUACUUCAGUGAGGGCGAAUUGAAGCAUGAAGACCACGACAAUCCCGGAUCACACAUUGCGAUGAAAGCAGGCUCUGUGCUGCACGUUGAAGAGGGGUCAGUUUUCCGCUGGCACUGCAGUUCCCCUGAAGGUGCCAAAGGCUUCGGUGUUUUCUAUGUUCCGAUUACUGUGAAGAGCAUUGAUGAGUUUAUAGUAAACGAGUAA